AUGGCUUACGUAAAGAAGGACCAGGCUCCCUCGCAGGAGACCCAGCGUGUCAUUGUGAAGAUGACGAGCCGCAACGCCAAGGCGGUGGAGAACGUCGUGGCGGAGCUCCUCACGCACGCACGCAACGAGAAGGUGGAGGUGCGCGGGCCGGUGCGUCUGCCCACGCGUACACUGAAGAUCACAACGCGUAAGACGCCUUGCGGUAACGGUACAAACACAUGGGAUACGUAUGAGAUGAAGAUCUACAAACGUCUCGUCGACCUCCGCGCGCCCACGGAGUUGGUGAAGAAGAUCACCUCCUUCCAGAUCGACGCCGGUGUGGAUGUCUGCAUUACCGUCCCCGACGACAAGUAA